AGAUGGAAUUCCCACCGAAAAUAGAAGAGAGCUUUGAGAAGGAGUUAAUAGAGAAUUUAAGAGCAUUUUGUUUAGGAAAUGGUUUAGUUUUAUUACCACCGAUUAAGGCGGGUGAAACUACUGUCAGUUCAAGCGAAGGUGUACAAGCACCUGUAUCUUUAUUCCCUACACCAUUUCCUAGAAAGUUAUACAAUCAAGCUCUAUCAAUACAGCCUGUUUUCAAUGAGUUAUACGCAAACGUUGCCAGGGAUGUCGAAUUCCUGGAUAAAGUUAUGAGCGAUGUAUCUAGAUUUGACACCUUCCAAGCCUCUUUAUGGGAUCAAUGGAAGUCUAUUAGAGAUAGUAUCGUACAGCCAAAUCAGCUGUUGGUUGCCAGAAGUGAUUACUUGUGUAAUACAUCAGUAAGCUCAAAAGGAGAUGUUAAAGGUUUAUCACAAGUUGAAUUUAAUACAAUAGCAGCCUCAUUCGGUGCAUUAUCAAAUCAAGUACAUCAAUUACAUGAUUAUUUAUCAAAGGAUGUUAGAUAUAGCGGUUUACAUCCUUUACUCAAGAAUGAUAUUGCUGAAAAUAAUACACUUAAUGGCCUAAUUGAUGGAUUUGAAGCCGCUCACAAGAUCUACAAAUCAGGUUACUUAAGAUCGAAGCAUUCACCUUACAUUUUAUUCGUUGUACAAGAUAACGAAAGGAACGUAUUCGAUCAACGCCUUUUAGAAUUCGAAUUAAGCAGACGGGGCAUAAGAACAAUUAGAAGGACACUUACUCAACUUACUCAACAAGCAAGUCUAAGUGAUGAGAAUGCCUUGAAAGUAAAUGGAAUUGAAAUUUCCGUCGUUUAUUAUAGAAGUGGCUACUCACCGGACGAUUAUACUUCAAAGAAAGAAUGGGAUGUUCGUAAAUUGAUAGAAUUAUCAUUGGCAAUUAAGUGUCCAACUCUUGCAUUACAACUAGCCGGAUGUAAAAAAGUUCAACAAGUUUUAGUUGAUGAAAACACAUUAUCAAAAUACCUCAAUCCAAGUCAAGUUAGAAAGAUAAAGACUUACUUUGUUGAAAUUUUACCAUUUGAUGAAUCAGAUAGAGGAAAAUUAGCUCAUUCAAUUGUCAAUAAUGUUGAGAAAUGUAGAGAUUUCGUUUUGAAACCUCAACGUGAAGGUGGUGGUAAUAAUAUCUACAAAGAGCAAAUAAAGGACUUUGUUAAAGGAGUUAAGAAGGAAGAACUUUCUCAAUACAUUUUAAUGGAAUUGAUUAAACCACCUGCGAACCUCAACAAUUAUUUAGUUAGAUAUACGGAUGAUAGAGUUAUACCAUCUGACGUCGUGUCAGAGUUGGGUAUUUAUGGUACUGUAAUAUUCAACAACCAUACGAUAACAAGGAAUGAAACUGCAGGUCAUUUACUCAGAACGAAAUCAAAAGAGAGUGAUGAAGGUGGUGUAGCAGUUGGCAUUUCAGUUAUUGAUGAGUUGUUAUUAAUUUGAUUAUUUUAUACAUUUGGUAAUAAUCUUC